AUGAAUCCCGGUGGACUUCAAGGGGACAAGUCUGGUAGGCUUUUCAAGGAAGAGUCAGGCCGAUGUUCAGGGGGGGCUCAGUACACCCGGAGAAUAGGGGCUUUAGUCCGGCGGACGUGGGGGACAGAAACAGACAGGUGUAAGGACGGAAAGACAGGAAGUCCGAGGGGACAGAAGGACAGGAAGUCCGAGGGGACAGAAGCUAGAGGAAACUACUACGAGUUUACAAGGUAUUAUAUACUAUGGACAUGUGCGACGGGGACGGAGUUGGCAGAGAUCCGGGUCAACAAGAGGGACAUACGGAAAGGUUUAACUGACAGGCGCAAGGAAAAUAAUACAGGAACAGAGACGGAGAUGAAGUAUCAAAUGGAUCCAGGCAUAGGAGGGGUUAGGACAAGGGGACUAUACAAAUGGGGUAACAGAAUAGGAGCAGGACCGGAAAUGAACUGUCAAGCAGAUCACGGGAAAUGGGGACGGAGAUGA